AUGUCGUUUGCCUUGGCUGGGCGGGAACUUCUCGAGGAGGCCAGGCGAAGAUUCGGGGCUACGCCGUUUCGCGUCUUGACGGACCAGGGCAAUUUCAUCAUGCUUCUGCCGCAGCACGGUGAGGAGAUUCGCAAUGAUCCUCGCUUUAGCGUUGACGAGCCUAUCAUUGAACUGUUCCAGGCGAGGUAUCCUGGAUUUGAACCUUUCAUGGAGGGCGCCAUUCCUACAAAGCCUCUGCAAAAUGUGGUCAAGUUGCGUGUCACCAAGUCUCUAGAAUCACAAGAGAUUGUUCUUAGAGACUUGAUCAUCCGCCUCAUUUCGAGAAUGUCAGCCCGCGUAUUUGUCGGCGAGAACCUAUGCCGUAACGAGCGUUGGCUCGACCUCGUCGUCAACUAUGGCGAGAACAGUGUCUUGGGCAUGCGUAAACUGCGCCUCUGGCCCAGUUUCCUCAAGACCAUGGCCACUAACUGGAUCCCCGAGUGCAGGGACCUCAAAGCUCAGGUAAAGGAAGCCUGGGAUCUCGUCGCAGCCGAGCUGGAGGCCCGGCACGUUAAGAAUGACGGCAAGGAGUACAACGACACCAUCUACUGGUUCGAGGAGCUUGCUGCUGGGAAGUCGUACAACUUUGGGGCGUCGCAGCUGAUGCUGGCGGUCGUAUCCAUCGGCACGACUUCUGAUCUCAUCACGCAGGCCUUGGUCGAUAUUUUCCAGCACCCCGAGUUGAUUGAGCCGUUGAGAGAGGAGAUUACCGCAUGUCUCGAGAAAGAGGGGUGGAAGAAAACGGCGCUUUACAACAUGAAGCUUCUCGACAGCGUUCUCAAUGAGAGCCAACGCCUCAAGCCCAACCAGAUUUCCUCAAUGUUCCGGCAAGCCACCGCCAACGUCACUUUGUCGGAUGGCACCAAGAUUCCAAAGGGUCACACUGUCGCAGUUUCGACUGAGCGAAUGAGGGACCCGGCUUUCUACGAGAACCCCAAUGAAUUUGACGGCUAUCGUUUCCUCCGUAUGAGAGAGAGCGGUAAGCCGGGGCAGGAGGCUGCUGCUCAGCUGGUGACUACGAGUGUCAACCAUCUUGGCUUCGGCCAUGGGGAGCACGGCUGUCCGGGACGCUUCUUUGCGGCCAGUGAGGCAAAGAUCAUCAUAGCUCAUCUGCUCCUGAAGUACGAUUGGAAGUAUGACAACUCGUACAAGAUUAAGUUGCGGAAGCACGGGUUUGCGGAGGAAGCCGACCCAGAUCUCAAGGUUUCUUGCAAGCGCCGACAGGUGGAAGUUCCUUUGUAG